GGUUCACAACCAGUUGGCCCCGACUGGUACCGAGUAGAGAGGAGGGGCUUGGCGCGACGUGGGGGAAGUUGCGCAUGUCGCACUGACGGUUCAGGUUUGACAUUUCCCAACGCCGACAAGAAACAAGGUGCAUGGCAACAACUGCAUUGUGGUCUACGUGUUAAAUAUUGUGAAUUUACAUCCGACUAGAUAGCUACACUUUGGUAUCUGUGAGUAGUCAAACGUUUUAGUACAAAGCCAGCCAACUACUUUUGCUAGCAUUACAUUAGCAAAGUCAGCACAGCUAGCUAGCGUCCUUCAUUUUGGUGAGACAGUUUGCUAGCUACCUAACGAGUGAACGGGACUAUUUCUUUAACCUGAACACCAUUGUAGUAUUUUACUCAAAAGGCUCGCGCUUACACGUUAGCUCGCUUUUUGUUCAGCUAACAGUUCGCUAUCUGGUGUGGUGACUGAUUUGUUUAUUGUAGCCUGUCACCGGCAAAAUGACUGUCUUUGAAAUGAACCAAGUCAUCGGUCCCUAGCGAACGUCAAAAGCCAGUUGGGGCUGUAAACAAACAGCGACAAGACGGCAAGAGAAGGGAAGGAGGCGCUCGAAUCGCUCCUUCAGGAUUCAUCCACUGCAUCAGCAUCAACGAUGGAGUUGGCACUGGCGCAUCCAGCUCUCAAGGCCUUCAUGUGUGGCUCCCUGAGCGGCACCUGCUCCACGCUGCUCUUCCAGCCUCUGGACCUGGUCAAGACGCGCCUGCAGACCCUGCAGAACAUCAUGAAGCCUGGAGCUCCUAAGGUGGGGAUGAUGACAGUGCUUGUCCAGGUCAUUCGGACAGAGACCUUCCUGGGCCUGUGGAAGGGAGUGUCACCGUCGUUUGUGCGCUGUAUCCCAGGCGUAGGGAUCUACUUCUCUACCUUCUACUCACUGAAGCAGCACUACUUCCAGGAUGGCCGGGCCCCUAACGCUGGGGAGGCUGUGCUGCUGGGGGCCGGGGCCAGGGCCGUGGCUGGUGUCUGCAUGCUGCCUGUCACCGUCAUCAAGACACGCUUCGAGAGCGGACGGUACAACUACGUGAGUGUCCUGGGAGCUCUGAAGAGCGUGUGUGAGACGGAGGGACCCAGGGCUCUGUUCUCCGGGCUGACGGCCACACUGCUCCGAGACGCCCCCUUCUCUGGCAUCUACGUCAUGUUCUAUAGCCAGGCCAAGAGGUCCCUGCCACCGGAGGUGAGCUCGUCGCCCUAUGCCCCGUUGGGGAACUUUGGCUGUGGGGUGAUGGCUGGAGUCCUAGCCUCUGUGGUCACCCAGCCAGCUGACGUGGUCAAGACUCACAUCCAGGUCAGCCCCUCCCACUGGACAACCAAGGACGCCAUUCGCUACAUCUACAUGGAGCAUGGUCUGAGGGGUUUCUUCCGUGGGGCUGUGCCACGCUCUCUGAGGAGGACUCUGAUGGCAGCCAUGGCCUGGACCGUCUACGAACAGCUGAUGGCCCGCAUGGGACUCAAGUCCUGAGGAGAGGAGUCAGGGAGGAACUGAUAAAGGAAGAAUGACGUGGGGACUUGUUUUUAUACAAAGCAGCAGUUUGAGGGGGCAGAAAGUGAGAAGGAGGGAGAGAGAAGAGGUGUAGGGACUGUUUAUCACAGCAACUAGCUUGGGAAAAACAAAGAGGUGGGUGUCGGUGGCACGGAAGAGUGAAAGGUGUGUGUGUUUUACAUGUUGGAUGUUUAUGAGAGUUAUUGUGAAUGUUUGUAUGUCCUUACAUUGUCAACCCUGACCUUAAAUGACAUUCCCUCACUGCUGAGAACUGAACUGAUCCCCCUCUGAGUGUGGAGACCAUAGAGAACUAUCUAUUUCUAUGGGGGAGACCAUAGGGAUCUAUUUAAUUAUAUUUCUAUGGGGGAGACCCUCUCAGACUGACUACUAUGGAUACCACUCCGGUGACAAGAGACUGUCACUCACUGUCUAGGACUGUGACUAACAUCUACGUCUCUAACACUCCCAAGACGAAACGGCAGCUUUGAUUUAGAAAAGUGUAGUGGACUGGACAAAGUAACCCUGUGCCAUGACCGGCAGACUACAUUUUCAGCACAGUGAUUAUUGCGACCUAUCGACUGACUGAAGGAAAUACAAUAUUUAUUGACUGACUGACUUGACUAAAACCAUUUAUUACUAGCUUGGACAAUCAAGACAAUAUUGCUGUGCAUUGUAGCAAAAGACUAGGCUGAUAUUUUCUAUACUGCAACUGCAUAAUUAGCUACUAGAAACUUGCCAUUGGCAUACUUAGCCAUAUUAAAAUUGUGUACAGUGGGUGUUCUCUAUACCCAAUUAAACUGGGAUAACAUUUCUAGUGCAUUCCAUUCUGGUUGCAGUGUUGUAGACCGGAUGUGCUUUAUCUAACCAGUAAUGAUAGUCAAUCCCAGAGCCAUUGGUGGAUAAUUGGCUCUAGUCAAUCCCAUUGGAACCCAGACGAUGCAACUCUGGCCCCCUUUAGGCUGUAGCAUUGUGAGACAAUAGUCAACAUCACGAUCAUGAACAUGCAGCUUCAGCAUCACUGUAUUACAUGGGCCAGAUUCAGUAGUCACAAAAAGAAAGCAAACCGGAGGGACUAGCUGAUCUUGUCCUAUACGAAACAUAAAAUCUGGUUUUCCGAUGCAAAACAUUUUGCGACGGUGUGCACUAAUGUACACUACCCAGCUAAAUAUAGGAAUCCAUAUCAGUGAUGCACAGCCAUGGUCCUGGAUGGUCUCUUGUUAGUUUUGUAAAUGAAUAGGCCUAUGUAUUCAGUAUUUUGAGUAGUUUGUUUUUGGAAGCCCAUACACGUGUAUCUUUUUUAACCCACAGUGUCCAGUGUGCCAUGUUCAAAAAUAAAAACCCAUGACGUCUGUUUUAAAGAGAUGUGUUUAUAUUGAAAAGCAUUGUGCAGAUUGAAAAUAUACACUGAGUGAGCGCAACUAAAUAUUAGGAGGGUGUUCUUAAUGUUUGGAAUACUCCGUGUAUAGAGCCCUAUUGAAGCUUCUAGGACCAGAGAUGGCUGAGAGAAACUGAUUUAAAUAUAUAUUGGUGCACUAGUAGCACAGGGCUACUCACUCAAUGCCAUCACUACAAUCACUGUUUGCCAACUGCUUUUGCUUUUUAUGCACACACAUGAAAAAGGACAUAACAGCUUCAAUAUACACUCAGUGGCCAGUUUAUUAGGUACAUCCAUCUAGUACCGAGUCGGACCCCCUUUGCUUCCAGAACAAACUGAAUUCUUUGUGGGCGUGGAAACGUUUCUCAAUUGGUGUCAAGGGACCUAACGUGCUCCAGUAAAACUUUACCCACACCAUGACACCACCGCCACCAGCCUGGAUGGGGGAAUGGACUCAUGCUGCUUACGCCAAAUCCUGACUCUGCCAUCAGCAUGAAUGAACAGGAACCGGGUUUCGUCAGACCAGGCAAUGUUUUUCCACUCCUCAGUUGUCCAGUGUUGGAGAUCACGUGCCCACUGGAAGCGCUUGUUUAUAACUGAUAGAAGUGGACCCCAGUGUGGUCUGCUGCAGUAGCUCUUCCUUGGCAAGGAUAGAUGAGUUGUGCAUUCUGAAUGCCAUUUCCCGCUGUUAUCUGCCCAUUUGUGGGCCUACUGUUCGCUUGCACGAUUCUUGCCAUUCUCCUCUGACCGCUCUCAUUAACCAGCUGUUUUCACCCACAGGACGGCCGCUAACUGGAUGUUUUUUGUUUGUCGCGCCAUUCUCCAUAAACCCGAGACACUGUUGUGAGUGAAAAGGCCAUUAUGCCGACCGUUUCUGAGAUACUGGAACCGGCUCGCCUGGCACCAACCACCAUACUACGCUCAAAGUUGCAUAGGUCACUCGUUUUUCACAUUCUAACGUUCAAUCGACUGGUAACUGAAUGCCUCGAUGCCUGUCUGCCUGCUUUUUAUAGCAAGCCACGGCCACGUGACUCACUGUCUGUAGGAGCGAACCAUUUUUAUGAAAGGGGGUUGUGUACCUAAAACUGGCCACUGAGUGUAGUUUGAGUCAUUGAGAGGGGAAACAGAGUUAACCCUAGCUCAAUGCCAGUAAGUGAAUGCACUUUAGAAUUCAACACAUAUUCAUUCAAGCCCCUUAGCGGCUGGUAAAAGGACUGGGGUGAUUAACUUUUCUUGCGAAUUGGUAGUUCUUCAGCCCUUGUCUGUGUCUUUUGUUGUUGUAACACAGUAACAACUCUUACCACCAAAUUGUCCUGUGCCGUAACAUUUUUGCCUUGGCGAGUAUCAUCACUAUUGUCCUUGAUAUUGUGACUUUACAUUGUAUAUGGUCUGUUAUUAUUGUCAAUAUUUUGUGUGUGAGUUUGCUCAGACUGAUGCUGUGCCUGUUUUUGUUUUUACGUGAAUAAAAUUCCCCCCAUUUUUGUACAAUU